CACGUGAAGAGGCCGAUGAACGCCUUUAUGGUGUGGGCCCAGGCGGCCCGACGGAAACUCGCCGAUCAGCAUCCCCAGCUUCACAACGCCGAGCUGUCCAAGACCCUCGGCAAACUGUGGAGGAUACUCAGUGACGCGGAGAAACAGCCGUUCAUCGACGAAGCGGAACGGCUGAGAAGCGCGCACAAAAAGCAACACCCGCACUACAAGUAUCAGCCGCGGCGGAGGAAACCAAAGUCGGAGGAGCACCCGCAGUCACCGUCUACCUGCCCGAUGCCCUCGGCCCAAGAGCAGCGCAACAGCGCGAGCCACGUGGAAACGAUCUCGAGCUCCGAUUGCGCCUACGCUCGCCUCUAUCCGGAAAACCCAAGCAAGCCGUGCUACGAGCGCCAGGUAGCUCCCGCCUACGUGGCUCCUGCCGAUUUACCAACCCGCGUCCCCUACGACCAGCACGGCUUGGCUCACGGCAAGUGCUUGGAGGCGGCAGUCGACCGUUACCCAGACCCGUCGGCGUCGCACCACCACCACUACCCCCAUCACGGCUUCAAGUACGGGGAAUUCCAGGCCAAGAGCGGCUACGAGUCGCCACAGGGGCGCAACGGCUCCUACGAGCCCCAAAAGUACCCGGACCCCAAGUCGGCGUAUACCGCUUACGGGGUCGUGGCCAAGCCCUACUGCCACCCCAGCCAUCAGUACUACGCGCCGGAGGCCUAUACCGCGGCACCCCACGAGGAUCUCGAGUACCACCACCUGCACCAUCACCACCAUCAUCAGAUGAUCGCGACGACAGCGGCUACCACGACUACGACCACGUCUACUACUACUACAACUGUGGCGACGGCUGUCAAUGCUACGCCGGCUGCCGGUCACUCGUUUUACCAUCCCUACAUGUCGGCCGUGGCUCAGCCCGCGCCCUACUACGUGGCGCCUCGGUGA